AUGUCUGAGACGGAUCCCAUCUAUGCUCCCUUUUUUGGUGUUAUCGGUGCAGUUUCAGCAGUCGUAUUUUGUUGCUUGGGAGCUGCCUAUGGAACUGCAAAGUCCGGUGCUGGCAUAUGCUCCAUGGGGGUGAUGAGGCCAGAGCUGAUCAUAAAAUCCAUCAUUCCUGUUGUUAUGGCUGGUAUCAUAGCCAUUUAUGGUCUUGUCGUUGCAGUUCUUAUAGUUCAACGUGGCCAGGACUUGAAAAAGCUUGAUGUGUCUUUAAACCAGCUAGGAGCAGGCUUGAGCGUUGGGCUCAGUGGACUUGGUGCAGGAUUCGCAAUAGGUAUAGUCGGUGAUGCAGGCGUCCGAGGCACAGCUCAACAGUCAAGGCUUUUUGUUGGAAUGGUGCUUAUUCUUAUUUUCGCUGAGGUCCUUGGUCUAUAUGGAUUAAUUGUUGCACUUAUCUUGUCUACAAAAACCAUCUCCUCUUUUGACUUACUUAUCAACAUACCAUUGAUUUUAUGUCGUCUGUGA